AGUCGAGACGGGACUGAUUCCAGAGAUGAACAAGUUCAAGAAUGUAAACACUGCUUUUAGCAGCUUUUUCCUCCUUUUCGUGCCUCGGUGGUGUGAAGAGGUCCGUGCAGUCCUCGUGGCAGGGUUAGCUGUGUGUGUGUGUGUGGACGCCAGGUCUGAUUCAUCAAGUUUCAGAGAGAAACCAAGAACCCCUGUGUGUCACAAUACCUCUGAUUCUGCUUCCUGCCCCCCACCCUUCGUCUCUUCCUCCUUUACGGGAGUGAAGGCGUGCUGAUUGAUGGAGGCGUCGUGGCUGUUAGCGAGCGGCUGAAAGGAAGGAGAAAGAAGGACUGGUUUGUCGAUUGUUCGCCGCUGAAUCGUCCCGUCUCUGUACACAGGUCCGAUUCCGGCCGAGCAAGGGGCGGAGCUCACCAUGGGCGGAGGUCGGAGCGAGACCUCGGCACUGACCGGGACGGGAGGGCGGCGGGGCAUGGCCACUACCCAAAAUUCCCAGCGUCCCAACACCUGCUGCUUCUGCUGGUGCUGCUGCUGCAGCUGUUCAUGUCUCACUGUCAGGAAUGAAGAGGAGAGGCAGAGGUGGAGGAGGAGGAAGAAGAUACCGGACACAAAGAUGGAAACCAUACCAAACUGUGAAGCUUGCACCAAACCAUCGUUAGAAGAGAUCCGGCUGUGGUCUCAGUCCUUCGACAAGCUGAUGAGGAAUCCGGCAGGUCGAAAUGUUUUCCGGGAGUUCCUGCGGACAGAGUACAGCGAGGAGAACAUGUUGUUUUGGCUCGCCUGCGAGGACCUCAAACAGGAGAUGAACAAGAGCGCCAUUGAGGAGAAAGCUCAUUCCAUCUAUGAAGACUACAUUUCUAUACUGUCACCAAAAGAGGUGAGUCUGGAUGCUCGGGUUCGAGAGGUGAUCAACAGGAAGAUGCAGGACCCGACGCCACACACCUUUGAAGACGCCCAGCUGCAGAUCUACACGCUGAUGCACAGGGACUCCUACCCACGAUUCCUCUCCUCCAACAUCUACAAGGCGAUGGUUCACGGCGGUUCCCGUACGCCCUCUGAGUCCUACUCCUAAACAUCUUCAUCCAACCUGCGCUCCGCCUCCAUCCAAAUCUUUUAAGCAGUCAUCACUCCAUCCUCAGCUCUUCCCACGUACUCGUCUUCAUCGUCUCUCCACUUCCUGUUUUCUUCCUUUUAGUCACACUCCUGCUCACUUUAUUCUUCUUUUGUAGUCACCUUCUCUUAAUGUGGAGAUGAUCAUUUUGAAAACAAGAAAGAAACCCUGGAAACAGAUUUACAAUGUUUAUAAAAAUCUAUAUAUUUUUCUCGAAUUUGAAAUCUUAAUCAGGCCUUUGAUGUCAGUUUGACCUUUUUAUGUGCAGGAUCAGAGUGUCACCAUGAAAAAACUUUAUCCUCAACUUUUCCAUGAAGAAGAAAGAAAAGCUCCCAUUGUGCAUGUUUUAUAAAAGUGCAGUGAUUAAAAACUAGCAGUUAAAUAUUAAGACAAACUCCUGGCCAAUAGUUUCGGCUCAGCGAGGCUUUGAGCUCAAACAGAUGAAUUUUAAUAGCAGUGAACUUAUUGAUUUUGGGUGAUUUAUGAGUUUUACUUCACUGAAAUCAGACUGAGCUGAUCCCUGAUCCAUCCCUGCCUUCCUCCUUCUCACGGUUCUCCUCCGCUUUGGUUCAUGUUUCCCACCCACUCCUGAGGGCACCAGCGAGUGACACUGAAGUUUUUCUGGGACGAUUGUUUUUUCAGUGGGAGAAAUAUUCAUGUGUGCCAUCAGCUCUUUGUGGAUUUUUACCAGCCUUGCCCCUUAGCGUCUCCUUUCACAGAGCCAGCUGACUCCUCCACCUCGCGCUUCAGGAAUGAUGCGGCUCAAAGAAAAAGAUGGAUGCUGCGUCGUUCCCUUUCUCUGUUGUUGAACUGGAAACACGACGCUUCCUCAGACGCUUCAUCUUUGGUAGUUCGCUGGAUCGAUGACUUUACUCCUGACCACAGGGGGGCGCCGCUUCCUCCAACUACUGAUUAACAAACGACCACAUGAAUAUUUUAUAUCACAGAACCGAACGUGGAACAUUUCACCUACUUUUGUUUGUCGUGGUCUCUCCUCAUCCUGGUUUUUCCAGAAGAGGAUGACCCAAUGAGACUGAUUACACCCAACACACGCACACACACACACACACACACACACACACACACACACAGAGCAAUAAAAACACUGGAGUUUAGAAAACACACACACAGACUCAACACUUUCCUUCCAUUAAUGGUCAGAAAGACACACAUUUGAGUUUCAGUGUAAACGAAGCUGCUGUGACCGUAAUGAUGAUUAUUAUUAAUAAUUAGUCUGCAACCAAAAACUACUAUCACUGAGAGAUGAAAUGUAGAGAGUGCAAAGCUGCAGGUGGACGUUUGUGUUGUAAUAAAUGAACAUUGUGUCUGCCUCGUGUCGCAGAGACCACAAGAAGGAGGUGUUAAAAAUGACACACAGGAGGUUUUGUUUGUGCGGGUGGAGAACGUUUCACUGUUUACGACCAAGAAUAACGCACAGGUGAAGUUGGAAUUUUAUCUUCUUUAAGUCAGACGUACACCGCCAUCACGUGUGGCGUUUAUGGUCGCCACAUCUGUUUUUUUUACAAAUUUAUAACAGGCCCUGUUAGUAUCACACACACACAGACACACACCGGGGCUGCCUACCUGGGCGUUGCUGCUGCUGCUGCUGACCUCUGCGACCUCUCACUUUUGACCUCACCACUGUCUGUGGCUCCUGAUUAGCUGCAGGAGGCCACUGGGCUCAUCUGUGGUUGGUCCAUUCAGGAAGGGGGGCGGGAGGAAAUCCCAGGUGCAAAAAAGCAGCCCAUGUUGUGAGGCAGACGCUUCCUGCAGUGCUUCAUGGGAAUGCUGGUGUUGUAGAUGGAGGCGAAGACCACAGGUUCCAAACAGGAGAUGCCUCCGUCUUCAGCGGACCGGUCACGCGAUGCAUUUCUCUUCGUAUUGUUGAUGUUAUUUAUUUUCUAUUUUGUUAAAACUGUGAUUUUAAUUGUACAAAUAUAAAGAGAAAA